AUGCUGCCCAACGGUUGCAGAUGCUCCCCUGAAAAGUUUGGCGGUCGAAACAGGAGCCAUUUUUCACAGGAAAAGAAAUCAGCCCUCGACAACUUAACCGGCGCAAAAAAAUUUUUGAAUAAAUCCCUAAGCCCCGGGUCACAAUUUCAGAAAAAUCUGACUUUCGGCAAUUCACUCAAAAAUGGUGUCCAACGGUUGGAAAUGCUCCCUGAAAAGUUUGGCGGUCGAAAUAGAAGGCUUUUAUCACAGGACAAGAAAUCAGCCCAGGACAACUUGACCGGCAGAAGAAGAUUUUUUCGAAAGAAAUCAAUAAGCCCCGGGGUCACAAUUUCAGAAAAAAUGUGCCUUUCGGCAAUUCACUCAAAAAUUGUGUCCAACCGUUGCAAAUGCUCCGCUGAAAGUUUUGGCGGUUUAAACAGAAGCCUUUUUAUCACAGGACAAGAAAUCAACCCUCGACAACUUAACAGGCAGUAG